UCGGCGAGGCGCGGCGCUCCGGAGCGGGCCCGGCGGCGGCGGAGCGGCACUCGCAGCGCGCGGAGCUGGACUGCGGCCCGGAGCCGAGCAGCCGCCGCCAUGGGGAUCAAGUUCCUGGAAGUCAUCAAGCCCUUCUGCGUCAUCCUGCCCGAAAUUCAGAAGCCGGAGCGGAAGAUCCAGUUCAAGGAGAAGGUGCUCUGGACUGCCAUCACCCUCUUCAUCUUCCUGGUGUGCUGCCAGAUCCCCCUGUUUGGAAUCAUGUCUUCAGAUUCAGCUGACCCUUUCUACUGGAUGAGAGUGAUCCUCGCCUCCAACAGAGGCACGCUGAUGGAGCUGGGCAUCUCGCCCAUUGUCACCUCCGGCCUCAUCAUGCAGCUCUUGGCUGGCGCCAAGAUAAUUGAGGUUGGUGACACCCCGAAAGACCGAGCCCUCUUCAACGGAGCCCAAAAGCUGUUCGGCAUGACCAUCACCAUCGGGCAGUCCAUCGUGUACGUGAUGACGGGGAUGUAUGGGGACCCGUCCGAGAUGGGCGCCGGAGUCUGCCUGCUCAUCACCAUACAGCUCUUUGUGGCUGGCCUGAUUGUUCUGCUUCUGGAUGAACUGCUGCAAAAGGGGUACGGCUUGGGCUCUGGGAUCUCCCUGUUCAUCGCCACAAACAUCUGUGAGACCAUCGUGUGGAAGGCGUUCAGCCCCACCACCGUCAACACCGGCCGAGGAAUGGAGUUUGAGGGCGCCAUCAUCGCGCUCUUCCACCUGCUGGCCACCCGCACCGACAAGGUCCGAGCCCUGCGGGAGGCCUUCUACCGCCAGAACCUCCCCAACCUCAUGAACCUCAUCGCCACCAUCUUCGUCUUCGCGGUGGUCAUCUAUUUCCAGGGCUUCCGCGUCGACCUGCCCAUCAAGUCGGCGCGCUACCGGGGCCAGUACAACACCUACCCCAUCAAGCUCUUCUACACGUCCAACAUCCCCAUCAUCCUGCAGUCCGCCCUCGUGUCCAACCUGUACGUCAUCUCCCAGAUGCUGUCUGCCCGCUUCAGCGGCAACCUGCUGGUCAGCCUGCUGGGCACCUGGUCUGACAGCUCCUCCGGCGGGCCGGCGCGGGCCUACCCCGUGGGGGGCCUCUGCUACUACCUGUCCCCGCCCGAGUCGUUGGGCUCUGUCUUGGAAGACCCCGUCCACGCCGCGGUGUACAUCGUGUUCAUGCUGGGCUCCUGUGCCUUCUUCUCCAAGACGUGGAUCGAGGUCUCGGGCUCCUCCGCCAAGGACGUCGCAAAGCAGCUGAAGGAGCAGCAGAUGGUGAUGAGGGGCCACCGAGAGACGUCCAUGGUCCACGAGCUCAACCGGUACAUCCCCACGGCCGCGGCCUUCGGCGGGCUGUGCAUCGGAGCCCUGUCGGUUCUGGCUGACUUCCUGGGCGCCAUCGGGUCUGGAACCGGGAUCCUGCUCGCCGUCACCAUCAUCUACCAGUACUUCGAGAUCUUCGUGAAGGAGCAGAGCGAGGUCGGCAGCAUGGGGGCCCUGCUGUUCUGAGCUGUGGCUCCCAGAGCCGGCAGAGGCGGCGUGCCCCACCACGGCCGAGAGGGGACGGAGGAGCCGCGCUGCAGGAGCUCGUCUCAGGCACUGCUGAGGCGCAGGGACUUCGGUUCAGUUGUGUGUUUGAGUUUCAUAUUCUUUUCAUUCCACUUUGUAAAAUGCUAGAAAUUUUCCAGUUUAAAAUUCUGCUUUUUGCUCUGGCAUUGGCGGCGGAGCUGUAGAAGUGGGGUCUUGGUCAGCUGACCGCCAGCGGCGGGGCUGGGCUGCCAGCGGCCCCGGUGUCCACGCCACUUCUGCGCUAGCCUUUGCACCUUCUCAGUGUUGCUGGCGACCGCAGCAGUCUCGGCUGCGCCACUCGAAGGGAGCAUCUCGUUGGUUAGAAGCACAAAUACUGUUGAAACGUCUCUGUCUCGGGGCAGGAGGGCAGGCCCCCGGCAAUAGGCUUUUCUGGUGCCUGAUGGCAGCUCACCGGCGCGUGCCCGUCACAGUCCGGCCAGAACAUCUGGUUUAAAACGGUUUCUCUGGAAGACAAUCAUUUUCCCUUUUGAAAUUAGUUCUUUAGGACACAGUUUCUUCUAAACUAGAGAGAGGAAUUUCCAGAAGACCCUUCUGGCCCAUCUGUGCGUCUUUCUGUUGGCUGACCGGGUGUCCUCAGUGGUGGAGCCGGGCUGUGAGCCACAGCUCUGCAGCCGCACCGGGCUGAGCUCGGUCCGUUGUGCGGAGGACCCUGGGCUGCCAGCGGUCCAGUUGCCCUGGGCAUCACUGAACUUGCUCUCCGUGCUGCGUCCCCACCACCCGCCCCUCAAGAGGGGAAGAGCUGUGGCCGGCCCCACACACUACCUUCUAGGCUGAAGACUUCCCAUUUGUAUUUUUUUAGAACAUUUUUACUGUAUUUAGGACCAAACACAAGUGAAGUAAAUGACGGGAUGCCUCUGAUCUCCACUGUCACCAGAACCGCCCAGCAGAUCCACGGUGACAUCACGGUCAGACAUUGGUUUUUUGCUAAGUUUCGCCCAUGUUUGAUAUAAAAAGACAGUUAUGUCUGAGACAAAUUCUGUUUGCAAUAAUAGGGGACCUAGAUCUUAGGAAUUACCACCUUCUCAAAGGCCUUUAGGGAAGCCCCUCUUGGGGACCAGCAGAGUUAGGUGCUGCAGCCUGAGGGGUGCUCCCUGGAGGGAGCCCCCUGGAUGCAUACUGCCCCUUGGAGACCAGACCCCACCAGCAGCAGGCAGAGAGCCGGUAGAGGCGGCAAGUUUGGCGCCCAUCCGAGUCCAAGGGGCUCCGAGACUCACUGGCUGUGCUGCCCGGGGAACAGACCGACCGAGGGACGAGGGGACUUGCCCGGCACCACCUGGCGAGUGGACAGCAGAGCCAGGAUGGGCCUUAGCCCGUCCCCCCUCGGCCAGGGCACCCACCGCACCACACGCGGCCUUGUCCGACCCAGUCCCACAGGGAGAUCUGCCCCCCGCAGCCCGGCUGCAGCCUCUGACCAUGCAUGGCUCGGGCGCCUGACCCGCAGUCACUGGUCAUGGAGGCGGGCUGACCCUGACUUCCAGGGGACUGUCACUGUGGACGCCCAAGCGGCAUAACUGAGAUAAGGUGAAUAAGAAACAAAUAAAGCCAACUUUUUAC